AAGGCUUUAUAAACAGGGAAAUGAUGUAGUAGUACUCGACUCCCUCAUCCCUACCACCUAUGCUUAGCUACAGUUGUUUAAAGCUUAAACACCUUCUCCUCUUCCACUUCUUCUCAAAGUAUAUAUUGAACAACGUAAAUUAAAAAUCACAGCUUCUCUUUGUGACUUUGUCAAUGGAAAGUGGUUAUCUUUACAGAGCCGGUAGCAGUGUAAGAAGAGGAAACUCUUCAGGAACAUUUAGUAACAAUGCAGCUGCAGAUCAUCAAGUUUUUUCACUUUCUUCUCACGGACAAGACGACGAUGAAGAGGCUUUAAAAUGGGCGGCAUUAGAGAAACUACCAACCUAUGAUCGUUUGAGGAAAGGUAUAUUAACCACGUCCACAGGUGCUGCUAGUGAAGUGGAGGUGCAGAAUCUUGGGUUCCAAGAAAGGAAGAAUUUGGUGGAGAGGUUGGUCAAUGUAGCAGAAGAGGACAAUGAGAAGUUCUUGUUAAAGCUCAAGAACCGUAUUGAUAGAGUUGGAAUUCAUGUUCCCACAAUUGAAGUUCGAUUCGAGCAUCUAAAUGUUGAAGCAGAAGCCUAUGUAGGAAGUAGAGCUUUGCCUACAUUCUUUAACUACUCUGUUAAUAUGCUGGAGGGUGUCUUGAACUAUCUCCAUAUUCUUUCUAGUAGAAAGAAACAUAUGUGGAUCCUUAAGGAUGUUAGCGGUAUCAUCAAGCCAUCGAGAAUGACAUUGCUUUUGGGCCCUCCAAGUUCCGGAAAGACAACGCUUUUGUUAGCUUUGGCUGGAAAGCUUGAUCAUGCUCUAAAGUUUUCAGGGAGGGUGACUUAUAAUGGUCAUGAAAUGGAUGAGUUUGUACCGCAAAGAACUGCUGCCUAUAUCAGUCAACACGAUCUGCAUAUAGGAGAAAUGACUGUAAGGGAAACCUUGGCCUUUUCUGCAAGAUGCCAAGGGGUUGGAAGCCGUUAUGAUAUGUUAGCAGAAUUAUCGAGAAGGGAGAAAGAAGCGGGGAUCAAACCUGAUCCUGAUAUUGAUGUCUUCAUGAAGGCUGCAGCGACAGAAGGUCAGGAGGACAGUGUGGUGAUAGAUUACAUUCUGAAGGUUUUAGGACUGGAAGUCUGCGCGGAUACAUUGGUCGGGGAUGAAAUGCUGCGGGGUAUUUCUGGAGGACAAAAGAAGCGUGUUACCACAGGUGAGAUGCUGGUUGGACCAGCAAAGGCACUGUUUAUGGAUGAGAUAUCUACUGGAUUGGAUAGCUCAACAACGUACCAGAUUGUGAACUCCAUCAAGCAAUAUGUCCAAAUUCUUGAGGGAACUGCUCUCAUCUCUCUCCUCCAGCCAGCGCCAGAGACUUAUGAUCUCUUUGAUGACAUUAUUCUUCUCUCAGAUGGCGAGAUAGUGUAUCAGGGACCUCGUGAGCAUGUCCUCAGGUUUUUUGAAUAUAUGGGCUUCAAGUGUCCUGCAAGGAAAGGUGUGGCAGACUUCUUGCAAGAAGUGACAUCAAGGAAAGAUCAGAUGCAGUAUUGGGCACGACGAGAUGUGCCAUACAGAUUUGUCACAGUCAAAGAAUUUGCCGAGGCAUUCUAUUCGUUUCAUGAAGGAAAGAGACUUGGAAAUGAGCUUGCAGUUCCAUUUGAUAAGAGCAAGAACCACCCAGCUGCUUUGACUACCAAGAAAUACGGAGUUAAUAAGAGAGAGCUAUGCAAAGCUUCUUUCUCAAGAGAAUUCUUACUCAUGAAAAGGAACUCAUUCGUCUACGCCUUCAAGUUCAUUCAACUGACAAUAGUCGCAGUGAUUGCGAUGACACUCUUUCUACGGACUGAAAUGCACCGAGACUCGGUAACCGAUGGAGGAAUUUAUGUGGGCGCUAUGUUCUUCAUUGUGGUUGUGAUCAUGUUUAAUGGUAUGGCUGAGAUUUCCAUGACCCUUGCAAAGCUUCCUGUGUUCUACAAGCAAAGGGACCUUCUAUUCUUUCCUGCUUGGAUAUAUGCUCUUCCUACAUGGAUCCUUAAAAUCCCUAUCACUUUCAUCGAAGUUGCUAUUAUGGUUUUCAUUACGUAUUUUGUCAUUGGAUUUGAUCCAAAUGUAGGAAGGUUGUUUAAGCAUUACCUCGUGCUCUUAUUAACAAAUCAGAUGGCUUCUGGAUUAUUCCGAACCAUUGCUGCUGUUGGCAGGAACAUGGUUGUUGCUAACACCUUCGGGUCAUUUGUACUUCUCUUGCUGUUUGUUUUGGGUGGCUUUGUCUUGUCACGAGAUGACAUAAAGAAAUGGUGGAUUUGGGGCUUCUGGACAUCACCCAUGAUGUAUGCGCAGAAUGCAGUUGUCGUGAACGAGUUUCUUGGAAAGAGUUGGAACCAUGUUCUUCCAAACUCAACGGAGCCAUUGGGAAUUGAAGUUCUGAAGUCUCGUGGGUUCUUCACAGAAGCAUAUUGGUAUUGGUUAGCAGUAGCAGCAUUGUUUGGAUUCACUCUACUAUACAACUUCUUGUACAUUUUGGCUCUCGCUUUUCUCAACCCAUUAGGAAAGCCACAACAGGCUGGUAUAUCAGAAGAACCUCAAAGCAACAACGUUGGUAGAAUAGGAGAAGCCAUUCAUUUAAUGAACCCUGGAAUUAACUCUAGCCUCCACACAAGUGCAGAGAGCAUAGAUGAAAUUGGAAGAAGCAAGUCAUCAAGGUUCACAUGUAACAAACAAAGGGGGGUCAUUAUUCCAUUCGAACCACAUUCUAUAACGUUUGAUAAAGUUAUGUACUCAGUUGACAUGCCACAGGAAAUGAAAAGUCAUGGUGUUCAUGAAGAUAAAUUGGUACUGUUGAAGGGUGUGAGUGGCGCAUUUAGGCCAGGUGUUCUCACAGCUUUAAUGGGCAUCAGUGGUGCUGGUAAAACCACAAUGAUGGAUGUUCUUGCUGGUAGGAAAACUGGUGGAUAUAUUGAGGGGAACAUCACAAUUUCUGGGUAUCCGAAGAAGCAAGAAACAUUUGCUAGAAUAUCUGGAUACUGUGAGCAAAAUGACAUCCACUCACCACAUAUUACUGUCUAUGAGUCCUUGCUCUACUCAGCUUGGCUUCGUCUUCCCACUGAAGUAGACAUUGAAACUAGAAAAAUGUUCGUUGAGGAGGUCAUGGAGCUUGUAGAACUGAAUCCAUUGAGGCAAGCUUUAGUUGGAUUGCCUGGUGUAGAUGGUCUGUCAACUGAGCAACGGAAGCGACUAACCAUUGCAGUUGAGCUAGUGGCAAACCCCUCAAUUAUUUUUAUGGAUGAACCAACUUCAGGGCUUGAUGCAAGAGCAGCUGCUAUUGUUAUGAGAACAGUUAGGAACACAGUGGACACAGGAAGAACAGUUGUCUGCACCAUCCAUCAACCAAGCAUUGACAUAUUUGAAGCUUUUGAUGAGUUGUUUCUACUGAAGAGAGGAGGACAAGAGAUAUAUGUGGGGCCAUUGGGUCGACUUUCUUGCCAUCUGAUCAAGUAUUUUGAGGGAAUUGAAGGAGUCAACAAAAUCAAAGAUGGUUACAAUCCGGCUACUUGGAUGUUGGAAGUGACCAGUACAGCAGAAGAAUUGGCUCUGGGGGUUGAUUUUGCUGAAAUAUAUAGAAGUUCAGAAUUGUUUAGGAGAAACAGAGCUCUCAUAAAGGAUUUGAGCACUCCUGCUCCUGGUUCGAAGGACCUCUAUUUCUCUACUCAAUAUUCGCGAUCAUUUUUCACCCAGUGUUUGGCUUGCUUAUGGAAACAGCACUGGUCGUACUGGCGCAACCCUCCAUACACUGCUAUCAGAUUUCUCUCUACAACAGUCAUAGGCUUGAUCUUUGGAACAAUGUUUUGGGAUAUUGGCUCCAAAAUAACAAAGCGACAAGAUCUUUUUAAUGCAAUGGGUUCAAUGUAUACCGCUGUUCUCUUUCUUGGUGUCCAAAAUGCCGCGUCUGUUCAGCCUGUGGUAGCAGUUGAGCGAACUGUCUUUUACAGAGAGAGAGCUGCUGGAAUGUACUCUGCCUUGCCGUAUGCCUUUGCACAGGUUCUCAUUGAGCUUCCAUAUAUUUUUGUCCAAGCUGCAGUUUAUGGUGUUAUAGUCUAUUCAAUGAUUGGAUUCGGAUGGACCAUCUCAAAGUUCUUCUGGUAUCUGUAUUUCAUGUACUUCACGCUACUGUAUUUCACCUUCUAUGGCAUGAUGGCCGUGGCCGUGUCACCAAAUCACCAAAUUGCGUCUGUAAUUUCUGCUGCAUUUUAUGGAAUCUGGAAUGUAUUUUCAGGAUUCGUAAUCCCACGAUCUCGGAUGCCUUUGUGGUGGAGAUGGUACUCUUGGAUAUGUCCAGUCUUUUGGACCCUGUAUGGACUGGUUGCCUCCCAGUUUGGGGAUAUGAAGGAUAGACUUGAAACUGGUGAAACAGUGGAGCAAUUCGUGACAAUUUAUUUGGAUUUCAAACAUGAUUUUCUUGGAGUUGUUGCAGCUGUGAUUCUUGGGUUUACAGUCCUUUUUGCAAUAACUUUCGCCAUUUCCAUCAAGCUCUUCAAUUUCCAAAGGCGAUAGGAGUAGAAGUUUACGUGUAGCUUUUCUUUUUUAAAAAUAUUCCUGCCCCGGGAUGCAAGGCGGAGCCAGGCCGAUUCCGAUACCUAGAUUAGUAUUUUUAACUGUAUUAUCAAUGCAAUAAUAGCAUCAUAUUAUUAAUAAAAAUAAACAUAAUAAUUAUUAAAAAACUUAUCUUUCUCUCUUA